AUGGCCUCGAAACGCAGCUACGAAGCCUCCGAGGGCAACGACGGCGCGCAGCAGCCCGCGUCCAAACGCAACAAGAACAACAAGGCGCGUGACCACCAAAACGCUCACAUCGACCCGACGUGGGGACAGAAAUACGUCUUCUCAUCUGCCACGGGAUCGACGACGGUGCCGGUGGACCCGGAGCUGGAUUUUGAGGAUGAUGGAGAUGCCAUGGCGUAUCUCAAGUCGGUGAGGACACAAGCAAACGGUAUUCCGCACCUCCUCGUGGCACCAAAGGUCCCGAUCGGCCCGCAACUUCCGAAAGAGCUCCAGUACGAUGACGGCGACUGGGAGGAUGCGUACGAAGAGGAGGAGGGCGAUCGCGAUAUCUACACCACAGGCGAGGGCGACUUCAGGGGAUACUACGCCGACGGCGCAUACACAGCACGACCCGACAACUGGGGCAAACCUCACACAACCGGCCACGACGACGAAGUAGAAGAAGGCGAAUGGCCCGGCAACGAAGGCAUCUACGACGACCAAGACGACGAGUCCUCAGACGCCGGCGCCGACUCCGAGUCCGCCAUCCGCGAAGCCUACUUCGCCGCCAUCCUCACCCGCUUCAAACGCCUCCGCAAACUCCUCCACGCCACGCCACCCGCCUCCGCCGUCGCCGCCCUCCACCCAGGCUCCCCGCACGACUUCCGCGUCGGCGCCUUCGCGCCCAAAUCGGCAACCUACACAACCUGGUCCAACCGCCUCCGCGACGCGGACCCGCUCCCGGCACAACUCGCCUCCAUGGACAAAGAAGGCGUGCUGCGCGUGCUCCGCGUGCUGCUGGGCGGCGGCGCGUUCCUCCGGCGCGGGAGCGAGAUGAAGGAGCGCACGAGCCGGUGGCUGUGGGCGCUGCUUGCGCGGUUGCCGGAGCGCGGGGAGAUGAACCACGUCGAGGUCGGCCUGGCGGAUAUGGCUGCGUUGAGGGAUGCUUUGGAGGGGGAGGGGAUGGAUUUGGGGGUGAAUGAUGCUGUUGACGAGAGUUCUGACGAUGAGGAGGCGUUGGGGGAGAUGGAGGUUGCUGAGAGGGAUGGGGAGGGGAGCGGGGAGACGUCUGGGGCGGAGACGCCUGGUCAGAGGGUUGGUGUUCAGCUCCGAGAGGAUGUUGCGAUACCCAAGGACUCGGUCAGCAACGGCGAAGUCGAGGACGGUGAAAUCGACGACGACCAAAAGUCAGAGCCAAUGGACGUCUCCGAAGACGGCGAAAUCGACGAAGGCGAGGUCGUGGAAGAAGAGCCGGCGCCGGUCGAAACGCUCGAGGAAGCUCGCGCUCGACUACUCGCCCAGGUAGACACUGCGGCGGCCGUCGAGGAUGCGCCUUCAGAAGCACCGUCGGAAGAACCCAUUGUGGAAGAGGCUGUCCAAGACGGUGAGGACGACAGCGAGGCUUCGGACCAGCUGAGGGCGCGAAUGAACAUGAGGGCGACGCUCAACAUGAUUCUGACCGUUGCCGGUGAGUUUUACGGGCAGCGCGAUCUGCUUGAGUUCAGAGAUCCUUUUACAGGUAUGUAAGCGUGUUCAAGCAUCAUUUUUGAGCAAGAUAGGAGGACAACGGACAGAGAAGGGCUCUAGAGGGAACUCCUAUCAAAAAGG